UAUGGCUGAGCAGGAAGUGAGCCCAGACCAUAAUGGUGGAGGGUCACUGAAAACCAGAUUGGACAAGUGGGGCCAGAUUGAGAAUUUGGAGGUCAGCAUCGGGCACGGAGGCUCCUGCUUGCUUUCUGAGGGUGCUGCCAGCUUGGAUCCAUGCAUCGUGUCCCCAGAGGUGACUGAACCAAAGAAGCACCCACAUAAAGCCAGAGGCCCAGAAGGUUCUCCACUGCCCCGACCGCCAGUGCCCUGGGCACAAGAGUGCCCCUCAGCCACUAUGCCCUUUGCCGAGGGCCCCCCGGAAGCUUGCUUGGCAAGUCCAGCAGCAGCACCUGAAGACUGGCCCCUCGCCCAGCCCCUCGCUCAGCACCCCAGGAAGGAACUUUCUCCACAUGCCCCAGGGGACUCCCUGGCAGCAUUUGCCCCUUGUGGGGACAGCCCCACUCAGCACAGUGUGGUUGCCAUUGCACCCAGUUCUGGAAGAGAGGAAGCCCUGAAAGAAGGGGGACAAAAAUCCACGUUCUCCAGUUCCACGAAUCAGUCACCAGGAACUUCACCAGCACCUCCCAGAGAGCCAGCGAAGGGACAGCUGUGUGGGGAAGAUGGCCGGCUUGGUGGUUUCGAGUCCCAAGAGAAAGAGGCUGCAGGUGGCUUCCCCCUGCCAAAGUCCGGGCAAGUGGCAGCUUCUAUACAAGUGGCUCCUGGGAGCCCUCCUGCAACCCAGUCAGGCAAGGAGAGUUCAGCUGGCCUGGAGGAGUACCCCCCAAAGCCCAAGACCCCAACCCCACAAGAUCCGGCCCCCAGAGCCUCAGGCAGAGAAAACUGUGAAGUAGAGGUGCCGCCUCAGGAUUCAGCUGCCGACUCGAGAUUCCUUGGGGCCUGCUGUCCCACUGGGGGCAGCUCAGGGGCUGCCCCAGAAGCUGAGGCAAUUGCUGUUUCCCGGGAAAGCUGCCAGCAGCAAAUGGGGGCUCAAAUGCCCUGGGAUUCAUUGUGUCCUGCCCUGGCGCUGGGGGCCAGGGACUCUUGGAUGGAGAUUUUGGAUGCCAGUAAUGCUCAGUAUCACUCACAGAUGGGGACACAAGAAACCGAGCCCAAUAAAGCUGUCUGCGUGGCAGCAGACCGCCAACCUGAAGGGGCUCAGCUUGUGAGUGCUGAGGAUGCGCGCCCAGCUGCAAGCCUCACUUCUCAGACUGCUGCUCGGGCCUCUGUUGCUGUAGAAGAACCCAGCUGGCUGGCCAGGGAGAUAGUUUCAGGGGCUGAGAUGCCCGUUCUUACAGAUCCGGCGAAAGAGCUGGCAGCUGCAGGGCUGGUGGGACAGGAGAAUCAUGCAUUAGAUCUUGGAAGUGAAAGAGAGGGUCUGGAAGGGAGCCCUGAAGAGGUUCCUGCCUGUUCAAGCCAGGAGAGAGCAGAGCUCUGCUACAGGGAGCAGAGCCUCAAAGCCCCACAAGCAGUGCUGACCCCUCCUCCCUGUGCAUCAGACAAAAGUUCCAGAAGGUUAUCUGGGUCAGAGGAUGAAGCCAAGGCCCCUGACAGCCCAGCUGUUGCUGAGGAGAAAAGCAGACGACCUGGGGCUGACCCUAUACAACAGGAAGACGCCCUAGAGCCGCCUGACGGCGCAGAUCCUGGGAACCUGUGUGGAGAGCAACCCCGGGCCUUCAGCGGCAAGACCAACCCAGAGAUAGAGAAAGACGAGGUUUCAAAGCUCACCAGUGACACGGGGAGCAAAGUCCUUCCGAGCAUGGCCUCAGCACAGCCACUCAGAAAGGAGGAACCCGGGCACGCAGACGGGCCCUGCUCUUCAUCAGAAGCUGCAGCUCGCAGCUCAGGGGCCCGUGUGGUCCAUGAGUCUGGCUCAGUGCACGAGCUCCAUGAGCAGGGUCCUGUCCCGCCCCCUGGGCCAGAUGGAGCCAGUGAACACGUUAUUCCCGAAGGAGCUGCCUGGGAGGGGCCGGGAUUGCAGCCCAAACGUCCUGACACCCUUCAGGACGUGGGGGGACUGGGAAGAAUGGACUCUCUUCCUGCUUUAGAAUCUGAGAAAUCAGACUUCCUGUCAACUCCGGCUGCAGAGGUCGUCCCCAAAGCUCAGGAGGUGGAGAGCUCAUCUGAAAUACAGACGAGGAGCCACCCGUCUGUGCAGGGGCCCGGCAGCUGUGAUGGGGAGGGCUUGCUGACGUCCCCCCAACCCCGUGGGCUGGAGCGUGAUGCAGCUGGACAGGAAGUCCAAGUUGAGGAGCCACAUCCCCCCGAUGGGGAGAGCUUAGCAGUGGACUGUGGGCUUACGAUGCUCAGCCCGGAGCAAGAUCAGCAGGGAAAUCCGCCCUCCCCAGGAAACAGCUGGAUGCAAGUAACUGCACCCGAGGGGCCCCCAAUAUCUUCUGAGAACCAUCUUCACCCAUCCCAAUUGGACCCAGAAGCAUCUGUCGUUGAUACGCUCAGGGAGAAGGCCCAGCCGUGUGAAAAUGAGAAAGAGACUUCUCCAAGUGAUCCAGGUUUGAAGGACCCAGGUGCAGAUUCGCCCCAAAUCCACGGACCUGUGGAAGCUCAGGAGGAGGUGAGCUUGCCCACUCACGGAGGAGAGGAGCAGGCUUCUGACACAGAACUUCAAAGUGAGUCCUCCAAAGGCAGCCUGUCUGAUGCUCCAAGUUCAGCUCCCAGGGACACAGAUCUGCAAUGCGCUGUGACAGAGCACUCGGAGUUGUCAGGACUAGGGGAGAGUGGACAAGAGGGAGCAUGCACUGGCAGUCAGUCCCCCAAGGCCUCGCGUCCUGCAGCAGACACCUUACAAGACUCCUCUGUUGCAGGAGGCUUAACCACAAAGGAAAGCUGCUGUGCUGGGCAGGGGCUGAGCAAGUCCCAGCAGGAGCUGGUUGCUGGGCCAAAAGGCAGUAGCCAGCAUGAUGAAGCCUGCCGCGGGGAUACAGAAGUUUCUGAAGCUGCUGACACUUGCCCCCCACUCAAGGGCUUGCGUAAGAUGGAGAAGGCAAGUGGGAACACAGUGGGGGCCCUACCUUGUCGGCCUGACUCAGUACCACUCCUGGAUGUAGCUCACUGCCUGCCAGCCCCAGUGCCUGCCAGCCCCGGCGUCACACCCACUCAGGAUGCUCCGGAGAGAGAGGCAUGUGAUGAGACCCAGGAAGGCAGGCACCGACCAGCACCGGCCCCGCAGAAGGAAAUGGAGUGCCCCAACAACGCCUUGGAUGCAGAGGCCCAAAAGCUUCUUGGAAGUUUCCCAUCAGCCGAGGAGCGUGGUGCAGAAGGUGGGGCUACUGAGACUGGUGGGGGUGCUGAUGAAGGAGACCUGGGGAUGCAGCGGGCUCCAGAGGAGCCAGGAGGAGCUGCUCUAAGCAGUGGCUUGCUUCAGACUGAGCAGUGCCUCUCCCCUGGGGAGCAAGCUUCCACGUCUGCCCCAGGUGAGCCUGGCCAAGCUGACCAGCCCUCGGCCAGCUCCCAGGAUACCUUGCUGCCAGCAGGAGAGCUGGGUGAGACUCUGAGGAGCACAGUGGAUAUUUCUGCAGCCCAGGCUGUCCCUGACCUUAAGAGGCUCCUGCCAUCUGGGCCACCAGAAGAGACUGUUCUUGACACUCCUUACCUGCAUAUUGACGGUGCUGCCAGGAAAGGCGCAGAAGACUGUGAAGUGAAAGAGGUUUCCUCUCGAGGUCCCAGAGGUCCUGGUGAAAGCCCUUGUCCCAUAGCGGAGCCCCUGCUUGCCUUGGGAAAUGCCGCCUCCAGGAAGCUGUCUGCUGGCUCCCUUGGCCCCCUCUCUGAGCCAGGAGGUGCAGGUGGGGAAAUCUCUGCAGGGCGAGACAGCAGUGGAAGCCUCAAAGCCGGGACCUUUGAGGAACUUGUGGACUCCGUACCCUACCUGGACAGGACGCCGUUUCUGGCCGAUGGUAAGCUGACGACAGGGGAGAAGAAAGCGGCAAGCGGUUCCGAUGCAGGUGCCCACCCCUGUGAGCCUCCUGAGUGCCCUGCCAGUGAGGAGGGCAUGGCAGGUGAUGCAGCAGGCCGGCCGGAAAGCAGUGGGGAGAAGAUGGUAGAACCUUCCCAGGAUCCGACGAUGGGCGCAUCACGUGGUGUGGAUGCAAGCUCCAAGCAGACCAGCACGGUUGCCGGGUUCCCUGACUUCAGGGAGCACAUCACCAAGAUCUUUGAGAAGUCUGUGCUCGGGGCCCUGACCGCAGAUCGGCCUCAGCGGACAUCGGGAGAAAAGGCAGGAGCUGGGAGGAGCCUGGCAGGCAAGGACCUGGCCAUGUCAUUCAGCCCAGAGAAGCUUCCAGAUGGAGUGGCUGUAGCCCCUCUCCCUGCCCCUCCUGCUGGACUCUGGGUGAACUCAAAGGAGAGGAGGCACGAGUUGGCUGUAGAGGCUGAGAUUUCCCAUCUGGUUCCCCAGGAUCCAGCUCCAGAGAAGCUGCCAGAGCUGGUGGGGCCGGCCUCAGAGCAGAGCCUGCCAGGUGCCAACGUGGGGAAGGAAAUGACUGGCGCCCCGCAGAUGCUGAAGGAAAGCGAGACGGCGGAGGGGGCCGGGGAAGGCGGGCUGAGGCUUGGAGGCCAGGCCCCCUCACAGGGGGGAAGCCGCUGGCAGGACUCGGCUUUGGGCCUCUCUUCACAGGCCGCUUCUCCAGGGACUCCGGUGGAGAAAGCUGCUGAAUUGCAGGUGGCUCCCCAGAGCCACCGGGAAGGGGACUUGGUUCAAGAUGAUAGAAUUCCUUCUGGAAAACAGCACCAGGGAACAUCCGCCAGCAACAGUCAACCCAGCGAAGAUGAGGCCAGGGGUCUUGCUCACACAGGGGCUCCAGGUGACAUGCCAGCGUCCACCUCUGCCCUGCGAGCAUCUUCUCCCCAUGGGGAUGUUCCGAUUGUGGCCGAGGCUGUCAGUGAGCCCUGGGCCCCCGACACACCUGGGGGUGAAAAGAGGCAUGGAGGUGCUGCUGGGAUCUCGGAAACACAGAAUGCCCAGGGCAGUCAGAGUGCCCCUGAGCCAGCAGCUGGAGAAGUGACGGAUACGCCCCUGGAGCCGGGCUUGGUGGCAGGAACUGCUGGGGAAGCAGAGGGUGACAUCACUUUGAGCACCGCUGAGACCGGGGCACAUGUGUCUGGUGACCUGCCGGAAACAGGUGCUACGAGGAUGCUCUCCGGCGUGGCUCCUGCCUCCACGCUGCCAGGGAGCUGUGAGGCCCCAGGCUGCUCUGAGGGGCCUCCGGGGAUGGAGGCUGCAGCCACCCUGCGCGGGGAGAGCCCAGCUGGGCCCCAGGAGGCUGAGCAGCAGCCCCGGCCUGAGCUUCCUGCUCCUGCUGAGAACGGGAAGGUGUGUGUCUCCUCACCUCCAGAACCUGACGAAACUCAUGACCCAAAGCCGCAAAUCCUGGUUCCAGAAGCAGUUCGCGCCGAAAGAAAGAGCCCCGGGCCUGGCCCAGCCACCUUAGCUUCCAUUCCUGAGAAGGGUGCUCCAGAUGUCACCGGCGAGGCCAUUUCCGGCGAGGCCAGCAGUGCGGGAGGAGCAGAACGUUCACCUGUAGCAGAUGAUGUCGCUCAGCCAGCUGCCCUUGAAGACCUGGAAAACCCACUCUUAGCUGCCCCUUCCCACCACGGUGAUGUCACCAGCCAGGUCUCCAGGGAUCUGACAGCGCAGAGGAGUUCUGACUCGGAAGAAGCAUUUGAGACCCCGGAGUCCACGACCCCAGUCAAAGCUCCACCAGCCCCACCCCCGCCACCCCCGGAAGUCGUUCCAGAGCCUGAGAUCAGCGCACCGCCUCCCCCCGAAGAACCAGAUCCCGGAGAAUUAGAGGGGCUGAAGCUGUUCUUUAGCAGAGAUGGCUUUUACCUCCUGGGGGAUGUGGCCCCUGGUGGAAUGGGCCCAGUGGAUGUGGACGGCAGUGACCAGCAGUGGGGACUCCGAUNCGAGGAGCAGCAAGCAUCUGAGACAAAAACGGAAUCAGCCCAGCUGGAAGGUUCUGGACCAGUCUUGUCGGAAGAGGUGCCCCUAGAACCUGCUGCUGUGCCCAGGGCUACCUGCCCUUUGGACUCUGAGGGUGCAGAGGGGGCUGUCCCCCCAGCUUCUGGAGGUGGCAGAGUACAGAACUCACCCCCCGUUGGAAGGGAAGCAUUGCCUCUUGCCACGGCCCCGGAGGCAGUGGAGGUGACCCCAUCAGAUAGCGGGGAGCAAGAGGACUCCCCAGCCAAAGGGCUUUCAGUGAGGCUGGAGUUUGACUAUUCUGAGGACAAGGGUAGUUGGGACAGCCAGCAGGAAAACCCCCCUCCUACCAAAAAGAUAGGCAAAAAGCCGGUUGCCAAAAUGCCCCUAAGGAGGCCAAAGAUGAAAAAAACACCUGAAAAACUGGACAACGCCCCUGCCUCACCUACCAGAUCCCCUGCUGAGCCCAAUGACAUCCCUAUUGCUAAAGGUACCUACACCUUUGAUAUUGACAAGUGGGAUGACCCCAAUUUUAACCCUUUUUCUUCCACCUCAAAAAUGCAGGAGUCUCCCAAACUGCCCCAACAAUCAUACAGCUUUGACCCAGACACCUGUGAUGAGUCCACUGACCCCUUUAAGACGUCCUCUAAGACCCCCAGCUCACCUUCUAAAUCCCCAGCCUCCUUUGAGAUCCCAGCCAGUGCCAUGGAAGCCAAUGGAGUGGACGGGGACGGGCUAAACAAGCCCGCCAAGAAGAAGAAGACGCCACUGAAGACUGACACAUUUAGGGUGAAAAAGUCGCCAAAACGGUCUCCUCUCUCUGAUCCACCUUCUCAGGUAUACUGUUGCCUUGAUAUUUAUGAUUUUAUUGCGCACCCGGGAGUGAAGGGUGAUGUGACUCCCAAAUGGCAGAAGCCCCUUUACAGCAAGAGGUUUUACCAGUUGUCUGAAGAGUUGGAUUACAGAAACUCCUAUGAAAUUGAAUAUAUGGAGAAAAUUGGCUCCUCCUUACCUCAGGACGAUGACGCCCCGAAGAAACAGGCCUUGUACCUUAUGUUCGACACUUCUCAGGAGAGCCCGGUCAAGUCUCCCCCCAUCCGGAUGUCGGAGUCCCCGACACCAUGUUCAGGGUCAAGUUUUGAGGAGACUGAAGCCCUUGUGAACGCUGGGGCGAAGAUCCAGCAUCCCGUCCCACGAGGACUGGCCCCCAACCAAGAGCCGCACUUGCAGGUGCCAGAGAAAUCCUCUCAGAAAGAGCUGGAGGCCAUGGCUUUGGGCACCGCUUCAGAUGCGAUUGAAAUUACAGCUCCUGAGGGCUCCUUUGCCUCUGCUGACGCCCUCCUCAGCAGGCUGGCUCAUCCAGCCUCCCUCUGUGGUGCGCUUGACUAUCUGGAACCCGACUUAGCAGAAAAGAACCCCCCCGUAUUUGCCCAGAAACUUCAGGAGGAGUUAGAGUUUGCCAUCAUGCGGAUAGAAGCCCUGAAGCUGGCAAGGCAGAUUGCCCUGGCUUCCUGCAGCCGCCAGGACACCAAGAGAGAAGCUGCUCACCCAACAGAUGUCUCCAUCUCCAAAACGGCCUUGUACUCCCGCAUCGGGACCGCCGAGGUGGAGAAACCCGCAGGCCUUCUGUUCCAGCAGCCCGACCUGGACUCAGCACUCCAGAUCGCCAGAGCAGAGAUCAUAACCAAGGAGAGAGAAGUUUCAGAGUGGAAAGAGAAAUACGAAGAAAGCCGGCGGGAAGUGAUGGAAAUGAGGAAAAUAGUGGCCGAGUAUGAGAAGACGAUCGCGCAGAUGAUAGAGGAUGAACAGAGGGAGAAGUCGGUCUCCCACCAAACGGUCCAGCAGCUGGUCCUGGAGAAGGAGCAAGCCCUGGCUGACCUGAACUCUGUGGAGAAAUCUCUGGCUGAUCUCUUCAGGAGAUACGAGAAGAUGAAAGAGGUCCUGGAGGGCUUCCGCAAGAAUGAAGAGGUGCUGAAGAAGUGUGCCCAGGAGUACCUGUCCCGAGUGAAAAAGGAGGAGCAGCGGUACCAGGCCCUGAAAGUGCACGCAGAGGAGAAGCUGGACAGGGCCAAUGCUGAGAUCGCCCAGGUCCGGGGCAAGGCCCAGCAGGAGCAGGCCGCCUACCAGGCCAGCCUGCGGAAGGAGCAGCUGCGAGUGGACGCUCUGGAAAGAACGCUGGAGCAGAAGAACAAAGAGAUAGAAGAACUCACCAAGAUCUGUGAUGAACUGAUUGCCAAAAUGGGGAAAAGCUAACUUUGAACCAAAUGUUUGGACUUGACCGUUGCGUGCAAUAUGACCGUCGGCACACUGCUGUCCUUCCAGUUCCAGGGACAAGCUCUGUUUUCACUUUUCGUAUGCACUACUGUAUUUCCUUUCUACAUAACGUUGAUUUGAUUGUAUGCAGUACUAAGGAGACUAUCAGAAUUUCUUGCUAUUGGUUUGCAUUUUUCAUAGUAUAAUUCAUAGCAAGUUGACCUCAGAGUUCCUGUAUCAGGGAGAUUGUCUGAUUCUCUAAUAAAAGACAAAUCGCUGACCUUGGCUUUGCCCUUUGUCCAUGAGUUCCCAGGGUGAGCGGCUUUUGGAUGUAAUAUGAACAUGUACAGCUUGCACAGGGACUCUUGCCUUAAGGAGUGUAAACUUGAUCUGCAUUUGCUGAUUUGUUU